AUGGAUCGCCUCACACUAGAUCAGGCUCUCAAAGUCGGUCUUCUUCAAGCUAGAUCGCUAAGCAAGCUUGAACAGGGGAUGGACAUCAUAGCACUUAGUCUUGAUGUUGCUGAUGAUAAGGAAGGGGAGAAAGAUUUAGAUGUUGCUACUAAUGAAUUUGAAGCUAAUGAAGCUGAGGUUGUUGAAGAAACUAUCCCUUCCCAUGAAGCUACUGAAGCUAAGGUCUUUGAUGAAGCCGCCAGAGCUGAUGCUGAAGCUCGUGAUGAAGACCUUCCUAUCACCCCUGCAACUGAUGCUGAUGAUAAAGAAGAUGAUGAUGAAGACGAUGACAAUGAAGAUGACGAUGAUUCUCCAACCCUUCUUGACGCUGGAAAGGAUCUCAGUGGUGAUGAUGAUGAAGACGAUGACAAUGAAGAUGACGAUGAUUCUCCAACCCUUCUUGACGCUGGAAAGGAUCUCAGUGGUGAUGAUGAUGAAGACGAUGAUGAUGACGACUUCACGAUUUAG